AUGUCCGACCGUUCGGGCGCAACAUCUCGCGAUUUUGCAUUUCAAACAUCUGACCAAGCAAGUGGAGCGUCGCAACAGCACCCACAGCAGUUCUACGGCGGCUACCAUGCCGAGCACAACGCGAACGCGAACACGGCCGAGGCCAGGAGCCAGACACAUAGUCAUGACUUUCCCACGGAGUUUCGUGACUAUGCUGGUGACUCGCAACAGCACCAAGUGAUGCCAGGGCACUUCAACGGCUUUGGCUUUAAUUCAUCUGCGCCUGCAGGCUGGGAUGCGAUUGACUUCUCAGACUUCACGAAUCAGUACGAGCCCCAGGGUGAACUUGUUCAAGAAUACCAAAGCCAAGUAAACCCUAUCAACGACUUUAGUAUUCCACAUCCUGUCGCUGCGGGAGAACCGAAGUAUCAAGCGUUCCCCCAAAGCCAGAGCGCUACUACGACGCCGAACGCUGCGCAAGGCCAGAACCGAUUGUCUCAUCCGCCUCCGCCGGCCCAACCACAGCAGCCGCAGAGACCAUCCAUUCAAGCAGGCAUGAAAAGGAAGGUCAAUUCCGAGCUCAGUACGACUGUACCGCAAAGUGGUGGUGUUACAACGGAGAAUCCACCGAAGCGCCAGAACGUGUCGCGGCAUUCGUCCGACGCCUCAGCGACCUCGCCAGUCCUACCAGCUCCGGCUGAUGCUCGUACACCAUCCACCACGCGAACUGCAACCCAUGCGCCCACAACUGAAGCUCUACCCCAAUCAGCGUCGCGAGAGAAUACAGCACCAGAGAGGCGGAAGGAGCAGAGCAAGGGGACGGGACCACAGGGAAGGGUCAUCGAUGUCUCUACACCGCGCAGAGUGCCUGAGUCGCCGGGAGGGCUGGACAUACUUCCUGCCGGCAAGGUGUUUCCCAUACAAAUAGGAUCAGAGCUAUUCAGGCUAUCAGGAGCCUCUAUAGCGUCAGAUGCACCCUCGCACUUUUCGCAUUUCUUCAGUCAGCAGCUGCAUGACAAUGGCGGUCGAGCUGGCGACGUGAGGACGCUGUACAUCGAUCGCGACCCUGAUACUUUUCGCGACAUUGCGCUGCACCUUCAGGGCUAUCAUGUUACCCCUCGAGAUGGCGAGCACUUUGUAAAGCUAUAUGCGGAUGCGCAGUUUUAUUCUCUGCCGCGUCUCACCAAACAGCUGUUCAGCACCGACAUCUUCGUGAACAUCGGAGGAAAGCCUUUUCAGAUACAACGCGAUCUUUUCUCUGCUCCUGGAGAUAGCCCCAACUACUUUUCGCUUGGCUUUGCACAUUUCUUCUCAACGCCGUCUGAGGCAUUCCCGGGACUGGACCGCGAUGCGCUGCUUCGACCACCGUCUAUCAAGCCUCCAUCCGUGCCGAGUAGAAACGGAGAGGUGUUUGGCGAGUUGAUACAACUACUGCAAGGCUACAACGUCGAGAUACGAAGUGAGGCGCAUCGCUCUUGUCUUCUGCGGGAUGCGCGAUACUUUCAUCUCAAAGGUUUGGAGCAGAAGCUCAUACCUUGCGAGAUCUCGUACAACCUUAAACGGCAAGAGUCGGAGAUUCUAAUUCGUCUUGAAGAUAUUCGACAGUCUGGUAUCUCGUUCAGUCCCGAUAGAGAAGUCAGCGACUCAGACUCGGGGUCGAUAUUGGAAGCACAAUCAGCAGGCGUCUCACCGGAUCCUCCAUCCAUAAGCAAAGUCACGAGUCCCGCCCCCUCAACAGCAAGCAGCAGUGCAAUUUCCAGGCCAGGAUAUGUAUCUUAUGCACGACCAUAUACAGAUGACCAUGCGAAUAGCAACAUCCUCGUGGUGGAGAUCGCAUCAUCUGAGUCAACAAAACUCUACCUUCCAAAGGCGCCACCAACAUGGCCUCCGCUCAAAGCCGAACUCCGAGCAACUUUCCAUAACUCAACCCUAGCACGAGUGACCUCACUUUUCUCUGUCAUAGCUUCCAAGAUGGGCUUGCCGGCUACACAGCCCCUUGGCCUAAUGUAUGUACAAUCUGGUGGUGGAGUGGCAGCGCAACCCGUUAGUCCCGCCAAUUCGGGCGUCAGUGAACGGCGUGUCCGCGUACGACUCGAUGAAAAUUGUGCUCUAGAAGUCGAUGGAUCACCAGCGGAGCUUUCUUUUGGUGAUACUGACCAUAUUGGCAUCCGCCACACGGGCAAAAGAGACGACUGGAUAUGGGGUGGUCAUUCUAACAGCGCUAAUGAGGGUGAUGAGGAAGAGUGGACGAUUAAACGCGCGCACUGGCGCAUUCGCGUCGAACCCAUUGAGAGCGAUGCCGAAGGGAAGAGGAUGCAAGUCGUGCUAUGCGCAGCAAAAAUCGAGGUGUUCACAUCCCAACGGAUACGAAAUUCGUCGAGAGGCUUUCUGGGCAGUGGCUAG